AUGACUUGCCGCCUCACCCUCCUACACUAUGACAGUGUCUCAAAAUCGAUGGUUGAAUGGUGUUGGCCUGCUGAUGGUGAGGGAAGGAAGAUUCCACCGUCCGACCUAGAGAAGUACUGCAAAGAAUAUGAUAUUAGAUACCCAUGCUGCCUAUGCACUGAUGGCGGUGGAAGAGUAAAGAUAGACAAGUACUUCCAACUGGCACCUAUGGCCGCCUUCCAGUACCGGCGAAGAGAACACCAAAUCCCACCUGUUCAACUCGAGUGGACAUUCCGGGAGCAAACGGAGUUGUUGAACAAGCUCGACUCAUCUGUUGGUGAUGGGAUUGCUGCGAAGGAGUUUCAUGUUUUGUUUAAACACUGCAAAAAAUGCAAGCGAGUAGGAGCGAGACCAGCGAUGAACCACCAUGUCUGUUCAGGCCGGGUGCAAAAGCGAUGA